AUGUACUUAUCACCAAGUCCUUUGCGAAAUUCAAUUUUCGUUCCAAACCGUUUGCCAAAUACAAAUAAUCUUGCACAAAUUUCGAGUCCUUCAGAAAAUUCGAUUUAUUAUAAAGCGAAUCAGUCGAAUAGUCUUAGUCAUAACUUUCCACCGGUUACCAACCCUUUACAAAAUUCAAGUUUGAAUAUUUCAACCUCUCGAUUCAUACAACCACCGUUAUUGGAUCGUUUUAACACGCAGGGUCCAAUUAAUUCACCUUUAAACUUAGUUCCAUCUGGUUCAACUAUUACCAAAAACAGUUACGAACCGACUCAUAGAUGCACUACUUGUGGACACGUACACACUUGUAAUGAUUGUAAACAUAUUUCUAACCUUCAGCAAGUUAUUGAUCCACCGGAAAAGAAAAUUCAUGAACCCAUAAUUAUAAAUACUGCAAAGGCGAUGGGAAGAAUGAAUAGAAGGAUGGCAAAUGGACCUUAUUUCCGUCCUGAAAGGUCUAGGAAUGUUUUAAUUUCACAAGACGAAAUUUUACAUCGUACGAUGGCCGAUCCUAAUUUGAACUUUACAGACAUUGUUAAUCAAGUUGCAAAAGAAAAAGAGCAAGAACAGGAAAUAGCCAUGAUUACUGGCAAUUAUCCAUAUCAAAAUGGACAUCAAAAUGAGUUUCAACAAACUGGUUUGUCGUCCCAAAUCGAUGGACAAUCCGUUCAAGAUCUUCAACCUAUAUUUUCGACUGACGUUAGCGGUACAAGUGUUCUUUUACAAGGAGGUGGUUCUUCACAAUCAUCACAAGAACAACUUCUAAAUUCAAACGCAACGAUCUUAACAACACCGGAUGUAACAAUCAUAUGUAAUGAACAACCAUCUCCUACUUUGUCACCUAUCAUAAGAGAUUCUAAACUUGUUGAUAAUUCUUUGGGAUACAAAAAGGCAAUUGUACAGUAUGCUUUGCCGAGGAAAAAUGUAGUAGUAGAAAAACCCCGCCCUAAUCCUGUGACACCGAACGUUAAAGUUAGCAAUAGUGGCGAUAAGUUAAAGAACUUGAAAGAUUACUUAAACAAAUUAUGGGUUUGGUAG